GCCCUCCCUGUCAACUUAAGAAGCUUUCCAGCACCGUGCAGGCUUUUAGAGGAACUCUUUGGCUCUGCAAACACAUGUUCUAAUCGUAUCACCAUAGAAAGCUGGAAGACUCAAGGAGAUCAAAAUGUCCAUCGCUCAGGCGGCGGCCAAGGCCAUGCUAUCUGAUGCCCUGCUGCAGGCCAGCCCUGGGAUAAACCGGAUCAGCCACCUGGAGCUGGAGCUUCCUCUGGACAAGGUCAUCAAGUUUGUGUCUGUGGGCCUUCCGCUGAUGCUGGUGUCCAUGGCCUUUGCCCGCGAGAUCUCCCUGGGGCCUCAGAUCAGCUGUUUCCCUCCCAGCAAUUUCACCAUCAAGCAGGCCAGCUACGUAGACACGUACUGCUGGGACUCUCUCAUGCAUCACGAAUUCGACAGCAAUGGUAACUUCGAGGAGCGCUCGCUCUGGGUACACAAAAUGUUCCCUUACUCUCUUCUGGCCAUGGCAGUGUUGAUGUACCUGCCGGCUCUGAUCUGGCGCCAGCUCGUCAUGCCCUCACUGGGCUCAGACCUGCUUUUCAUAAUCGAGGAACUGGACAAGUCGUACAACCGCUCAAUCCGAAUGGCUCAGAACAUUCUGGAUAUGCGCCAGAACACUAAGAACCCCCUCACAUUUCAGGCUGAACUGCAAAGGGCCAAGAAGAAGCGGUACUUUGAGUACCCUCUACUGGAGAGAUACAUGAAGUGCAAACAAAACUCCUAUUUCCUUGUUAGCAUGCUUUUCUUGCGGGGCUUCCUCCUCCUGACCUUCAUGACGGCUUCCUGUCUCUACCUGGCCUACUUCCACCUGUCUGCCUUCCUGCAGGACGAGUUCAGCUGCUUUGUGCGCACGGGCAUGCUGCGUGACCAGAACUGGGUUCCUGAACUGGUUCAGUGUAAAAUGAUUGGCCAGUUGGUUUUUCAGGUGAUAAGCGUGGCCAACGGCGCCAUCUACGUCCUGUUGGCUCCCAUUGUCCUCUUUAGCCUGAUUCGGCUUUUCGUUUGGGACACCACCUUCUUCUCCGUCUACGAGCUCCUCCCAGCCCUUGACCUCAUCAACCGCCGUAGACUAGGCUGCCCAUUGAACGACCUCAACGUCCUCCUGCUCUUCCUGCGUGCCAAUGUAGCUCACCUGAUGUCCUAUGGGAAAGUGAGGGCACUGUGCUCGUUGGCACCGCCACAGGUGGGCAACGCCACCGCAGGGCAGGGAUUGAACGCCAUGCUGACCCAAGAGGAGAUAGAAGAGCGUGAAGAGGCUGCAAUGGAGCUGGCGGAGGAGGUGGAGGAGGCCAAGGAAGAAGGGAAGCUCAACCUAGUGGAUAUCAUGACUAUUCUGGGAGCAGCACAGGGACGAGUGGUGAACUGCAGCGAGAAGAGGCCUCUGGUGGAGGAGAAUAUGAGUCUCGGUACCGUAACACUUAUCUACACACUCAAACGCAUUCUGCUAGUGGCUAUUUUUGUCUACAUCAUUUGGGAUGUACAGAAAAUUAUUAAGUGACCUCCAGACUACCAGAUACAGGCUCUGAAAAUGAAUAGCACGUGUUUUAAAUAAAAGGUAGCAUAAGCAGUUCUCACUGAACAGACACUGAAUACAGAAUGAGGUCAAACCUGAGGAGGCAGUUUGAGAAACAAAUUCAAAUCAAUUCAAAUAACAUUGUUUAGUAUUUUCUUUUCUCUCUAUUGUAUGUAACUGUAUUGCUUCUGCUUUCUUUAUGAAGCCAGACUGAACUGCCUAUAUUUCUAAAAGAGUCUUUGAAAAGCACUGGCUAAUGUAGAAGAGAUAGAACUGUGGUACUUCCUAGACCUAACCGCCCUCUCUAUCUCUUCACAGAGCCAAACCACCAGGGGUACCAUGAGUUGAAGGAGACUGCACCAUUUAGUCAUUACUAGGCCUCCUAUGGACUGAAUCAGUGUGAUAACAAUGGGGGGGGGUUGGUACAAUCUCUCAACAGUAGAUUUCCAAGAGUACUGUACCCACAAAGACUGUGGACAUCAAUCAAGGGUUUCUGUGGUCUGAAGACAAAAAACUAAAAAACCUCUUUUAGAAUUACAGGGCAGAUUGUUCUGGCUAGAAAUGUCAAUGGAUUUAGAGUUGUCAGUUUUUAGCAUGUAACUGCCAAAACCUUUUUCUUUCUGCCUCUUACUUUGGUCCCAUGUAUUUUUUAUUAUACAUUAUUAUUAUUCCUAGUGAUGGUUAGGAGUCAAAGGAGAACAUGCACGUGGAAUUGUCUGUUGUAAUUAUGGUGAGAGAAUAUAAAGUUGAGCAUCAUGACUUGGUUAGAUUGCACAUUUGUUCUGGGAGUAUGCAUAUAUGCAUGUCAUUUGAGAGGCAGAAAAAAUAUUGUUUUAGAACAUUUGUGUGAGUUAGUAAAGUGUAUUCUAUGUACUUCUAAAUAAACUGUGUGUGAUGUUUCUGUCAUCAAUAUCCCCA